AUGUAUAAUAAAAUAAUUACAGGGGUGUUGGAACCCCUGAAAAGAGUAAACGGAGGAAUUAAAGUCCGUAGAAACAAUCUACACAUUUCAGUAGCUUACAGAAACGAGAAGAUUCUACAUAAACAAGGGGCGUUUCACAACGAUAACAUAGUUAAAAUAAAGAAUGAGAGUGCAAGGAAGAUGUUGGAACUGAUAAACGCUAGGAAUCCUUAUUGCGGGAGGAGUAAAUUGAACUACAUUUCACUGUUUAUAAGGUCCGAAAAGAAUAAGUAUCCGAACAACGUGAUUGUUAUGAGGAGUGGAAACAAAUACGAAGCAUUUGAAGAAGAUUCUGUGCUAUUUGUGGAACACGGUGGGCUAGAAUUUAAUGGAGAAACGCCACAUGUUCAGUUUGAAGUAACUGAACUGAAUAAAGUGAUAAAGAGGAUAAACGAGGCUGGAAUAGCAGUGAACGUGUAUGAAGAGUUGGUUAAAGGAGGAUUAUUGAGCGAUGAACAAAAAUCGUACCAUUUAUCGAAAAUAUAUAAACCAUACACACAGGAAGAUGAAGUGGACGAUAGAAAUUUGGAAUGUACACAAUCAAAGGAUGAUUCUGACUACACAAAUAUUGAGAUAAUCAAUAAUAGUAAAGAUAACACGAUUAUAGGACUGGGAUAUGAUGAAGAUGGGUACAUCAUGAGUGUGUUAGAGUUGAAUGGGAAAGUGAACGUGUACUAUAACAUGAAUGAAAUAUGCGUAACAGAUAUGAUAAAUAGGUUAAAUAGUAGAAUAGUAAUACUGCAAGACCACUCGAGUAAAAUAAGGAGCAUUUUUAGGAAUUUGAGGAACGUAAUACACUAUCACGUGAUACAGGGGAACUACGUUGGAGAGAAUUUCCACAAGUCAUUUAUGCAAGAAAUAUCAAACAGACUGAAUUUAAGCAUAGACUUCAAGGUCAGUUAUUUGACGAGAGGGAGUAAGGUCCCAGAUAGCGAAGAGGGGAAGAUUGAAAGUUACCUAGACAGUAACGUAAUAAGCUAUUUGGGUGACUUUCACGAGAAAUUGGUAUUUGAUAGUUCCUACGAAUACGUAAAAAGGUACUUUAAGAGGAUAUUGUACAAGUAUGACGCAACACAAUCGAGUAAAAUAAGAGAAGUAAAUGAAAUGUUAUCAGAAUUGACAAUACCACUAAUACAAAUUAAAAGCAUGUACAACAAUAAUAUAGGUAUUGGCAAUAACAGUGCGAUUAAAAGUAAUAUGAAUAUGAAUAAUAUGGAAAACUUGAUAAGUAAUUUGAGCGUGUUUAAGAAUUAUAAUGAAAAUUUGCCAAGUAGAUUAAAUGAAUUGGUGUUUGAAUUGGUUAAAAGGGAGUUGAGUGUAAAUUUUAAUGAAGAAAACUUGAUGAAACAGUAUAAAAAGUUGAACAGAAUAAUAGAGACGUAUGUGAAUACUGAAGAUAAUGUUGAGUAUACUAAGUCAAGUUCUCCGUUGAUAAACUACUUAAGAAAUAAGAAUAGGAUUAUGAAGAAGAUAGUAAAAGAGGAGUUUGUAGUAAAUCAAGUAAACAGAGUAGAAGAAGCGUAUAAUAAUUUGAUGAAUGAGAUAUAUAGAAGAUUUAUUAAUUCAAAUGAAAGCGAGAGUGUAAAACUAAGUGAAAAUGAUAUGAAGGAUAUAAAUAUAAAUGGAAGUACCAAUAUUAUAUACAGUAAACAGCUGGGAAUUAAAGUAAACCAUGUUAAUCUAGACACAAUACAAGUGGUUGAGAAUAAUGAAAUAAUCAACUGUUAUACAAGUAAGGAAGUAAAUUUGAGUUUGUUGAGAUAUUUGAACGAAUGCGAACUGUUGAAUUAUAAAAUUGAAGAAGUAGUGAAUAGGUUGCAUACGUCAAUAAGUCCAUACAAACAAACACUUGAAAUAAUAAUACACUAUUUAAUAACGAUACAGAGCUUGAACGAACACGUUAGAUAUGGUAUUUCAAAUGGAUGGAGCUUACUGAAAGGGAUAAGUGAUGAUAAAAAGGUUUUAUUAUCAAUAUUGUUGAGUAACAUGGGUUUGUAUUCACCUUGUGAUAGUGUUGAGGUAUUGCGUAAAUUAUUGAGGAGUAAAGCGACAAUAAUAGUCCAGGAGAAGGAUAAAGUAGUGGAUGGUGGCAGUUUGACUGCCCGUGGUAUAAACAGAGAGUCUAGUGUGACCAAAGAGGAUGUCGAUAAGAUGACGAAGAAGAUCAAUGACCCGAAGCUGCGCGAAAAGAUUAAGGCAAUCAUUAGAUUUUUGGACGAAAUAACAAGUUUCAAAGCGAAUACCGACAUUGUGUAUCUGUGUAAAAACAAUGUGCCUCCACCAAGAUUCUCACAACUUCCAGUGGUAUAUGUGCUUAUCCCUGGCAACAUCAGGGGUGCUGUUAGCAGUAAGGUAGCCGUGAACAAAUUUAAUCGGAACAAGAUGGUUGUCUACGUUGGAGAAACGGGGGACAUAUCAGCAAGGUUAAAUAGCCACAAAAAGAAGACGAAUUUAAGCCUAAGUGACUAUAUGCAAAAUCAAUUUAUGGACUACAACGCUCAAUUGAAUCACUAUCUAUACCACAUAAACAGCUACGCGGAUAAGGCAGAGGCGAGUAAAGUCAAAUACGAAAUUGAUUUUGACAACAUGAGCAUGCUCUUGUUGCGGCUAAAGAGCAGAAAGGAGUGUAAAGUGGUUGAAAAUAAACUAAUACAGCUAAUGUUCAACCACCCUGACCUCUUUAUAGUACUGUCGCACCGUGACGGGAAGGAGUGCACGGUCCCGUUCGUGGACUAA